AGAAGUCGCAAAGAUUCAGAAGAAGAUAGUCAAGAAAUUGUAUUUAUUCCUAUAAAUUGUGAAAUUCUCCAGGAUUGCAAACAGUUGCGAACCGCUCAAUUACCGCUCAAUCGCUCAAUUACCGCUCAAUCGCUCAAUCGUCGUGCAAUUGUUGAAGUACUGGUUGUUGACAGUUGAUGCUGCAUGGUUAAAGGUUUCUUCGCUGGUCGUUGGUUAUGUCGACCUAGAAACUUCAUUACAAGGCCGUAUUUGAUGUCAAGUUGUUGAUUUAUGUGUCGUCAUUAUUACGGAAGAAGUUGAAGAAGGAAUAAACAGACAAGUAACUGUAAAGCCGUUGUUUGAGUCUUCAAUUAGCGUGUUCGAACUAAGCAAUUAAGAAUUUCCACGUGUAGUUUAAGAAAGGCAGCUACACGACAGUUCGCAACUGCAUUAUGGAUCCCUCAAAUAAACCAAAUUCAGAAGCCCUUGCUGGAGUUGGACCUGGAGCUGGAGACGACGAGGAUGAUGUAAAGUCUACCACAUCUCGGGGGAGCGCCAUGUCCAGAGUGUCUUGUGUAAGCGAUACAUCAAGCGUGAAACUAAGAGCAGCGAGGGUGAAGGAGGAGCUGGUGAAUAAGAAAAGGGAGCAGUUCUUACAGGAACAAAGACUAAGACGAGAACAGUUUAAAUUACAACAGGAACAAUUUGAACUGAAUGAAAGAAUAGAACUUCUCAAGAUCGACCAUGACAAGGAAAAUGCCAAGGUUGAAGCCACCAUGUGGCAAGAACAAGUAAAUGAAGAAAGGGCAGAAGCAGGAUUUCCGCCCUUACCUAACAAGGACUUGGACAAUGCACAAAUUACAGAAAGGUGGUUCUCCACCCAAGGAGAAUCAAAUCAUCAGGGUAAUGUACCAAAUGUUCGAAAGGAUAAUGUAUAUGUUAAAGGUAAUGAACAUGUAAGUACUGGUGUAGUAGGUGAAGGUACUACAACAAUUCAUAAGCCGGGUAAUGAAGGAGUAGGGUUAAGCAGGGGAUACAAUGGUAAUCACCAAGUUAAUAGCCAAGCACAAGAACAGAAACCCUUCAUACCCAAUCCAUUUCAGACCCCAGUUAAUAACAUGUAUAAUCAUAAUAUGAUGGCAAUGGCUCUAAGUUUGCCAAAGCCAGACAUGCCAACUUUCUCAGGCAAUCCGAUUGAUUAUUGGAAUUUUGUGAAUAGUUUUGAAGUUAAUAUUGCUGACAGAAUUCAUGACAGUAGGUUAAAAUUGUCUUACUUAAUUCAGUUUACCUCAGACAAGGCCAGAGAGGCCAUAGAAAAUUGUGUAUUAUUAGAUCCCGAUACAGGUUAUUCCCGAGCUAGGAUAAUACUACAGGACCAGUUCGGACGGAACUACAUAGUGGCUAGAGCUCACAUGGAGAAGGUCAUCAAUAGAUCACCACUCAGGGCCACGGACAGCCAAGGUCUGUGGGAUCUAGCCAGAGACAUGAGGAGGUGUCAGAUGACAACUUCUCAGAUGGGGUACUCGGCUGAUAUGAGUACAACGGAUACCCUACUGAAGAUUCAACAUCUUCUCCCAGUCCACAUUCAAUCCAAGUGGGCCAGCCGAGCACAUUCACUGAUGGAGCAAUCAGUGAUGCCCAACUUCUCCCAUCUGACAGACUUCAUCGAAGAGUCUGCUAAGGUGGCGAGUAAUGUGUUCGGUAAGAGCGUAGGGCGUCCAGCCGUGCAAGACAAGAAGGCAUCUGCGGGGAAGCCUAGGCCAAAGGUUUCGACCUUUAAUACUACAACAAGCAAGUCUGAGAAACCUAAGGAAUCGAGCUCAUGCCCAUGCUGCUCAGAGAAGCAUGAGCUUGAUAAGUGCCGCAAAUUUAAAGGUCAGUCAGUAGAUGAAAGGUUUGCCUUUGUCAAGUCUAAGGGGCUAUGUUUCAAUUGCCUCAAAGGGUCGCACAUGGCAAAGGGCUGUACAGCUACCCCUAAGUGCAGCAAGGAUGGGUGCAAGAAAAGACACCACACCCUUCUUCACAUGGAGUGGUACACCAAGGGCAAAGAUAAAGGGCAAGAAACAGGUAAGCAAACUGGGGCCGGGCAAGGAUCUGACUUAGAUAACCAGGCCGACACUAAUGCUGUUGGUGGUCAGAAAGAGGUUUGUCUCCGAGUUUUACCUGUCAAGGUUAGAGGCAAUGGCAGGGAGGUGACAACAUGGGCUUUGCUGGACCAUGGCAGCGAUGUUUCCCUCUGCGAACAGCGUCUUGCAGAUGACCUCGGCAUCCAAGGUAAGGAGACAAACUUCCGACUGACCACGGUGAACAACACUAAUACCCAAAGGGGAGGACAGGAGGUUAGUUUCUCCAUUCAAGGAAUUAAGGACAGGGAUGUAAUUGAUAUGCCCAGGGUGUGGACGGUAGAAUCACUACCAACAACCCAUAGAAGUAUACCAAGGCAACAGGACGUAGAUAGAUGGUCCCAUCUGAAGGGAAUAGAGCUUCCAACAGCUGCCAAGAAGGAUAUCACCUUGCUCAUAGGGAGUGACACCCCAGAGGCCUUCUGGGUCCAGGAAGAAAGGAGGGGAAAGAAGAAAGAACCAUAUGCUAUCCGUUCUCCACUGGGAUGGACAGUCAUGGGCCCCACCGGACGCAGAAGGAAAGGAGCAUUUGAGGUGAACAACAUCUCAAUGGAUGACCAUUUGCAAGAGCAAGUCCAGAGAUUCUGGAAACUGGACUAUGCUCCUGGUGAUGAGAGUGAAAGAUUAGGUGACUCGGUAGAAGACAGGAAGGCUCGUGCCAUGAUGGAAGACACAAUCCGUCUUAUGGAUGGCCAUUAUGAGAUGGGUUUACCUUGGCGUCAAUUCCCUCCGUCUCUACCAAACAACCACAAGAUAGCAGAGUCACGUUUACAAUCUCUAAAGAGAAGACUGGAGAAGGAUGACAGCCUUCACCAGAAGUACACAGAAACUAUGACAAAUUAUUUGUCGAAGGGUUUGCAAGGGAGGUGGACGAGGACCCUCAAGAGGAGGGCUCUAUCUGGUAUCUACCUCACCACCCAGUGACUCAUCCCUUCAAGCCGGAAAAGGUGCGUGUAGUAUUUGACUGUGCUGCCAAAUACCAAGGAAUCUCCCUUAACAGCCAGUUAUUGAGUGGACCGGAUUACACAAAUAAGCUUGUUGGUGUGCUUCUUCGCUUCAGACAAGAGGAGAUAGCACUGGUGGCAGAUGUGGAGGGUAUGUUCCACCAAGUGAGGGUCACACCCGCCCACACUGAUGCGCUCAGAUUCUUGUGGUGGGAGAACGGCAACACGGACACGACGCCUAAGGCGUACAAGAUGCAAGUCCAUCUGUUUGGAGCGACUUCGUCUCCAAGCUGUGCAGGCUUUGCACUCCAAAGGACUGAGGAAGACAACAGGCAGGACUUUGAGCCAGAAGUUUGUCAGAUAGUCAAGGACAAUUUCUAUGUCGAUGACUGCCUGAAGUCUGUUCGCUCUACAGAGGAAGCGAUAAGGCUCAUUCCUCAGUUAUGCAGCCUUCUAAGAAAAGGAGGAUUCAGACUAACAAAGUGGGUCAGCAAUGACAAGGAAGUGUUGGAAACAGUCCCUCUUACAGAAAGGGCUGCAUCGGUAGUUGAUCUAGAUUUGGAUCAUCUUCCAAUAGAGAGAACACUUGGAGUCUUAUGGAACAUGGACUCUGACAUGUUUAGCUUCAAGGUUUCUCCCAAGGACGUACCAGCAACAAGAAGGGGUAUACUGUCCGCCACAAGCUCCUUGUAUGAUCCACUUGGAUUUGUGGCACCUUUCACAGUAAAUGCAAAGCUUCUUUUGCAGGAUCUUUGCGCCCAAGGUCUUGGCUGGGACGAGAAGAUCAAGGACCAGGACUUGCAACGCUGGCGAGCCUGGCUGGCUGAGUUACCAGAGUUAACCUCAGUACACAUCCCCAGAUGUUUCAAGCCAUCUGACUUCAAGGACCCUGUCUAUGAUCUCCAUGUGUUCUGUGAUGCGUCAGAAAGAGCAUAUGCAGCAUGUGCCUAUCUACGGAUAGAGGAUUCUGGUCGCACCCACAGUGCACUUGUGAUGGGGAAGACAAGACUUUGUCCUCUGAAGAAGAUGACAAUUCCCAGAUUGGAGCUGCCAGCAGCAGUACUAGCGGUAAAGCUGGGUCGAACCAUCAUGGAAGAACUCAGGCUACCAGUGAGGAGCGUCACAUACUGGACUGACUCUACCUCAGUGCUGCUGUACAUAAGGAAUACCAGUAGGAGAUUCCGUACAUUUGUGGCAAACAGAGUAGCUGUCAUUCAAGAAAAGAGUGGCACUUCACAGUGGCGCUACGUUGAUACCAAGAGCAAUCCAGCAGAUGAUGGCUCAAGAGGAUUGCAUGCAGGACAGCUAUCAAGAUGGAUCCAAGGACCAAACUUCCUUCUGAAGCAAGAAGAAGACUGGCCGGAAGCAUUCCUAACUCCGACUGACCAGAGAGUAUUGCCCGCUCAGGACCUCAAGGAUGAUCCUGAGAUGAAGAGGACUAAUGCCAUAUCAAUCAAGCCUCAAGACAGCAUUAGUAAUCUGAUCAGUCGCUAUUCAUCCUGGAAUAGAUUAAAGAGAGGAGUAGCUUGGAUCCUUCGCUUCAAGGCACACUUGAUAGCCCGCACAAAGAAAGGUACAUCUCAGAAGACUACAGAUUUGACACCUUCCGAGUUGUCGGAAGCUGAGCUGGAAAUAGUGAAGUACAUUCAGAAGGAUGCCUUUCCAGCUGAGUUUGAGAAGAACAAGAAGUCAAGGGUUGAACAGUCCUCCAUGAAGAAAUUGAACCCUACCCUAGUUGAUGAUGUCCUGAGGGUAGGAGGGAGACUGGACAGAUCACCUAUUGACUUUGAUGCCAAACACCCCAUGAUAUUGCCAAGCAACCAUCAUGUGACCAGACUGCUCAUUGAGCACCACCAUCAUGAAGUUGGUCACUCUGGUGCAGGCAUGACAUGGACGGCACUAAGGUCGAAAUAUUGGAUCCUGAAGGGGGGUUCCACUGUUCGACGGAUCAUAGGGAAAUGCAUUCAAUGUAGGAAGAGGAAUGCACCAAGAGGAAGGCAAAUGAUGGCUGACUUGCCGAAAGAAAGAGUGACACCUGGCAGGCCGCCAUUUACCUUCACCGGAGUCGACUACUUCGGGCCAUUCAGUGUUAAGCAAGGACGGAGCCAGCCAAAGAGGUAUGGCUGUAUAUUCACUUGUUUGACAACUAGGGCUGUACAUCUGGAGAUAGCCAACUCCUUGGAUACAGAUUCAUUCAUUAACGCUCUUAGAAGAUUUGUAAAUCGCAGGGGGCUACCUGAGAAAAUCUUUAGCGACAAUGGCACAAACUUCAGAGCAGGACAUAAAGAACUAAAACAGAGCCUAGCAGAGCUCAAUUCAACAAAGGUGGGUCGCUUUCUAACUCAGCGAGGGAUUGAAUGGGCGUUUAAUCCUCCGGGUGCGAGCCACAUGGGUGGUGUUUGGGAAAGAGUAAUCCGGUCAGUUAGGAAGAUAUUGGGAAAUCUUCUCAAGCUUCAGACUGUAACCGACGAAACUCUCAGCACACUCAUGUCUGAAGUAGAAGCAAUCCUCAAUGCUAGGCCAUUGACACCCUUAAGCGCGGAUCCAAAAGAUGAGGAACCGCUAACUCCGAACCAUCUUCUUCUCAUGAGAAGAAAUCAGUCACUUUCACCAGGGGUAUUUGAUAAGAGUGAUUGUUAUACUCGAAGAAGAUGGAGACAAACUCAAUAUCUGGCCGGACAGUUCUGGAGGCGUUGGACAAAGGAAUACCUUCCCUUGCUCCAAGAACGCCAAAGGUGGCUUAAACCACAAAGAAACUUCCAGACUGACGACCUUGUACUCAUAGCUGAUGACACUGCUCCUCGUGGGCACUGGCCACUAGGUAGAGUGACUAUGACCUACCCAGACAGACACAGACUCGUUAGACAAGUUGAAGUUAGGGUAGAAUCUAAAUACUAUAAACGACCAAUUUCUAAAUUAUGUUUUUUAGAGAGCAACGAUUAGGAUACAUUGACAUACGCCCGACAUAAGACCUAGUAGGGACCACACCCUCCUUAUUAUUGUUACAUUAAUGAUUGUUGUAAGAUUGAUUUGAUGUAUAUUUUAAUUUCAUUGUUGUUUUUUAUUACUAUGUUAUGUUUAUAUCGUUAAGUAUGGUAUUGGUUAAUGAUGCCGCUUUACAUGUUUAUGGUUUAAUGAAAUGAGUAACUGGUGGUUGCCUCAUUUGGGGCCGGGUAUGUAGCGGCAUGAAUAUAAUUUGGUAUAUUUGCCAUUAUUAUGUACUGUUUACAUGCAUGUAUCUUGUAUACAGAGUCAGUGGAAAAAGAAAGUAAAAAAUGUCAAUGCCAGAUUGUACACAGCGCAUUGCUUAUUGUGCUCCUUGAUUCCAAGAAGUCCAGGAGAAGAUGAGUCAUAUGGGUGAAGCAUCACCCAAAGUAUAGAACAAAGAAAGUAAGAUUCAGAAGUCGCAAAGAUUCAGAAGAAGAUAGUCAAGAAAUUGUAUUUAUUCCUAUAAAUUGUGAAAUUCUCCAGGAUUGCAAACAGUUGGUAAGUUUAAAUUGCAUUAUUUUCAAAGUUUAUAUAUGUGCUGUCAAUUAUUCCAUAAUACUGGGUUUCAUAAGUCAUUCACAUUUAUGUAAUUUUGGCUCAAAUUUGAGUGAUGGAAUUUGGCAUUUUGCUCUCUAUCGAGCAUUACUUCAUAAUGUAUACAUGUACACACAAACCAAUAGAAGGUGAUUGGUGUUCAGUCAGAUUUAAUUACUAUUAAUAUGUUAUAAAGAGAUAAUUAUGCUUCGUAUUAUUGUGUGCUAUUAUGUUCACAUGAACUUAUUCUUAAUUUGAUUACACAAGAAGAUUAUAUUGCAUUUAUUUUCUGAGAGUGAUAUAAUGCUCACUUCAUUUAGUUGUAAGUAGUCAACUGGUGUUAUAUAUUGUGUAGGGUGGUAGGGUCUCCUAGCUUAGGCAUGAGAUCAUUGGGUUAUUACUCUAUUACUAUAUUAUGUUAUUAUAAACAUAUCUAAGUACUGUUUGGUUUAGUUUAGGAAUCACAUAUAUUAUGAUUCAUCAUGGUUUAUUAGUAUUUAACCAGUUAUUAGUAAGUGUCUGUUAUAUAUUUUCUGUUUGCCUAUAUUAAUUUCAGUAUUAUUUGCUUUAAGAUAAUAAGGGCAUUAAAGGGAUGAAGAUGUUUAUUAACUAUAAUUACAAUUAUUAGGCCAACAAGAUAAUGAGUUUAUAUUGCACAUAUUCAGAUUUAAUCUGAUAUUGAUUACAGUUAUUGAUUACCAAUUUAUUAUUGUUUACCAAACAAUUAUUCAACUCAAAUAAUAUGAUCAAUUAUUGAGGUUUCCUUUAAUCACGUUAAUAUCCUUGACCGUUGUAUAUUGCAUUAGUAUCAUUGAGACUUAUUCCCUGUGGGUAUAUAAGAAGUUAUUUACAAGUUAUUCAGUCAUGUUUGAAUUAUGUUACUGUUGGCAAAUGAAUAUUAACACUGUGUUUAUAUGUUUAUUUGUUUAUUCAGCGAACCGCUCAAUUACCGCUCAAUUACCGCUCAAUCGCUCAAUUACCGCUCAAUCGCUCAAUCGUCGUGCAAUUGUUGAAGUACUGGUUGUUGACAGUUGAUGCUGCAUGGUUAAAGGUUUCUUCGCUGGUCGUUGGUUAUGUCGACCUAGAAACUUCAUUACAAGGCCGUAUUUGAUGUCAAGUUGUUGAUUUAUGUGUCGUCAUUAUUACGGAAGAAGUUGAAGAAGGAAUAAACAGACAAGUAACUGU